UACACGGACGCUUUAGCGCGUCGGACCCAACCAGGAAGUGCCUCCAAGCCGUGACCUGCUCGCUGUUAUGAUACUGUAAGAUGGACUUCUAGCUGAAGAGAGACAAAAGUCAUGUUUAAUCUAAAGGCGCUGCGGAAGAACAAAACAGUCAGAUAUGGAGUUCCCAUGCUUUUGCUGGUGAUUGGUGGUUCCUUUGGCCUGCGAGAGUUCACACAAAUCCGAUACGAUGCCCAAAGGAUCAGAAAAAAGCUGGAUCCUUCCCUUGAGGCUAAGGUUAACGUCCAGAAGCAGUCGGUCAUACUGGAGGAGGAGUACGAGAAGAUGAAGCAGAGUAAUUUGGACGAGUGGAAGAACAUCCGUGGUCCUCGGCCCUGGGAGGACUCCAAGGAGUACCAGGAGCAGCAGCGCAGCAGGCAGAGCAAACAGGAGUCGGGUGCAUCGGGCUGAGCGGACGGCAUCCACACAGCCGAGUGUGGAGAAGAUAUCCUGGUCGCUACAGCUCCAUUUCCUGGACACUUGCGUUGGACUUUUUCUAGUGGUCAAAAAGAUACCAUGUGAGCAAGUUUGCCUUUUAUUUGAAAAGGUUUUUA